UAAUGAUUAGAUGUCAGGCUCACGAAUGCCGCAACAAGGUUAUAAAACCAGUGCUUACCAUGGCGCCUUCCUCAGUCCAACUUUUCGCCUCUACGUGGAGAUUUUGAACUCUUAACAUGCUUUCGUUGUUCAAAGACUCGCCUGAAUACGAGGCCAGGAAGGCUAGACCUUUCUCUCCUACCAAAGUCACUAUAUCCGAAGUUCAUGCUGUCGUACCCAAGCAUUUGUUCCAAAAGAGCUUCUUCACGGCCUGCUUAUAUAUAGCUCGCGACGUGCUCUCCGCUGUGGCUCUAUAUAAGCUCGGUUGGCAAAUCGAACCUCUUGCCGCCAGUCUUGUUAACGACUAUGGCGCCCCCGCUUAUGUCGGUACGAUUGCUAAAUGGGGGGGCUGGUCUGUCUAUUGGGUCUGCCAAAGCGUCGUUCUCGCUGGUUGGUGGUGUAUGGCUCACGAGGCUGGUCACGGCAAUGUUUCUAACAAAAAGUGGCUCAACAAUCUGACUGGAUUUUUGCUUCAUACUUUCGUUCUUGCCCCAUAUUUCGCUUGGAGGUCUACCCAUCACUCUCACCACAAAGCCACGGUUUCUAUCGAACGAGACGAGAAUUAUGUUCCUCGCACUCGAUCUGACUUCAAAUUGCCUUCUGAGUCAGUCGCCCGGGCGGUCGAUUAUCAUGAACUUUUCGAGGAAACUCCCAUUUAUACCGCUGCCCGCAUGCUCCUCAUGCAACUUCUUGGUUGGCAAAUCUAUCUGUGUUUGGACACUAUGGGAUCUCCUAGACAUCCUAAAGGCACUAACCACUUCAGUCCGUCGUCUUCCUUGUUCAAGCCUCACGAGCGCAACGGAAUCAUCGCGUCUAACAUUGGUUUGACCGUAAUGUGCUGCGUCCUGUAUAUGUGGACCCAAACUGUCGGUCUUCCGGCUUUCCUCAAGCUUUAUUUUGUUCCUUACAUUCUUUUGAACCACUGGAUUGUCAUGCUCACGUACCUUCAUCACUCUGAUCCCACCAUACCGAUGUACAGGAACCGUCAGUGGUCUUACCUUCGAGGUGCUCUUUCAACCGUUGACAGGCCUCUCCUGGGCUGGGCUGGACGUGUAUACUUCCACAACGUCAGCCAUGACCAUAUCGCUCAUCACCUCUUCUCGAACAUUGCCUGGUACAACCAGCCGUAUGUGACUGAAGAGCUCAAGAAGUUGUUGGGGGUUGAGUACAACUCCGAUUCCACGAACACUUUCCGUGCUCUUUACCGGACCUUUACUCAAUGUUGCUUCGUUGAAGACGAGGGCGACAUCGUUUUCUAUAAGAACCAGCACGGAAAAGCCGUAAGGGAGCUUGCCCCUGAUGCCCUCGACCGACCGACCGUCGUCGCCAAGAAAGUAGACUAGGGGAAUCAGGUUUGCAUAGAGCAACAGAGAAGCUUUGAUUCGCUGACGAACCUUCUCUUCUCCAUAUAUGAGUAUCGUUUUUUACCUUCGUGUAUCAGAAGCUGUUGUAUAGAAUUGAAUGUCAUCGAUGUGAAGUUGCACACUUAACUUCUUUCGAAGUACCUUUUGAUGAACGCGGCUGAAUUUUUUUUAAAGGGUUUGUUCAGGGUUUGAAACUCAGUGUACAAAUUGAGCCUUCAGUACUGUCCUUUGCAUGUACAGUGCACGUACCAAGUCCACUAUCACUGUGGCUCAUUUAACUUGUUUCUCUCGUGCUAGCUGAAGCUACGAGAGCUUGCUCCGGCUAGCGUAAGUGUUAGAUAAGGCAAUGGGAGUAGGAGUCAUGUCAUUUCAAAAGU